AUGUUGAUGCAGUGUGAGGAAGCAGCAGUGGUGGAUGAUGGGGUAGAAGUAGAAGAGCUGUUGGAGAAUCUUGGGAAAGCUUUGAAGGGUAAAAGGUAUUUGAUGGUGUUGGACGGCAUCUGGGACAUCAACAUCCACUGGUAUUUCAAGUUAAAGGAAAAGUUGAAGUCUGUAAGGGGUGAUGGGGACGUCAUCAUCACCAGCCGUCUCCCCCACAAAGCAAGAAUGAUGGUGGGCCCUCACAAUCUGUAUCACAUACAGCCUCCAAUGAAGGACAUGGGGCACAUGCGGCAAUUCAGAGUAAUAUUGAGUAUGCUUAAAAGGUAUAAGUUGAAAUUGAAGGAUGAGGUUAUAGAGCAAUGUGAUGGCCUCCUAUUAGCAAUGCACACAUUGGCACCAGUGAUUGAAGACCAGAUCCUGGGAAAAGUCAACCAGAUCAUCGGAGACAGGAAUUUACUUUUUAGUGGAACUGAUCAGAUGGUGUUGGUCAACCUUGAAGAUGAUGCUAUAUUGGGAAAUGAGCUUUUGUUAUCAUGGCGUGGCAUCUCAGAUAUAGAAGAAGGGGUUUGGUUUUAA